CGUCUAUAGAAGGCAUUGACAAGACAGAGGUUCGGCAACGUUAUCCUCCCAUCUUCCUCCACUGUUAUUAUAACAGUCACCUCACUUCUAUACCUGUAGCCUAUUUGUAUUUUUUUAAUUUGUGCCCACUGAUCCCAAAUGGGAACAAGUCAUUAUUAUUGUUGUAGCUCCAAUAAUACUGAUAAAAAGGGAAAUUUUACGAAUCAAAUAUGUUAUGUUGGCAUCACUGGGGACAUCCACCAUCAAUGUCCACCAUUUUCCAGCAUUGUUGUAUCAGGCCGUCAGUAUGUGAGUACAAGCACAUUGAAGGUUAUACGUUUUGCUGCGUCAUGUCAUCAAAUGAAAGGCUCUCAUUAUUCAAAAUUGAGGAGAUUUUGGCCCAAGAUGAUGAUAUUCUGGAUGCACUUAUUACACUUAUCCCUCCCGAGGAUAUUCUCUCAGAAGGUGACAGUGGUGAAGAAGAUGAAGUAGAUAUUGACCACUUGUCAAAGAAGCAACUUCUAUCCCAUGCUGAAGCUUCCAUGAGGAGAGUCACAGAGGACGGUAUUAGAACUGAGAUCAUCUCUUCUGAACAACAACCUGCUGUAGAAGCUGUAACCUCCCCAAAAUUACAGGCUGAUCCAUCUCAAAACUUUCGGGCUGGACCUUCUCGGAAUCCCCGGGCUGGACCUUCUGUAAGGAUUCAUCACAGUCAACAGGUAAAACAGCUAGUACUUCACAGAAGACAUAGAAAAUCUAUCAUUGGGUCGAGAAGGAUAUCAAAGCUAUUCAAGAGAAAUAGUUUCAAUUGCCAAGGUGGUUACAAGAGUCAGAUGGUGAACCAGUUGAUUUGUUUGAACUCUUUUAUGAUGAUGAAGUUGUACAUCAUAUUUGUGACUUCAUUAAUCUUUAUGCUCUUUAAAACGGUGAGGUAAAUUUGAAUUUUGGUCCUGAAGAGUGUAGAGUUUAUCUUGCAAUUUUAUUAGUAAGUGGUUAUUGUCAGGUAUCAAGGAGGCGUAUGUAUUGGGAGCAAAGUCCUGAUGCCCAUAACAGUGCCAUUAGUGGGGCCAUGUCAAGGAAUAGAUUUUCACAAAUAAGACAUUAUCUCCAUAUAUGUGAUAACAAUAACUUGGAUAAGAAUGAUCGUUUUUCCAAAAUUUCUCCCUUGUGGAAAAUGUUGAAUGAGAGGUGGCUCAAAUAUUUCAUUGGUGAAACAAAUUUAUGUGUCGAUGAAUCAAUGAUUCAUUUUUUGGGGAGGCAUGGGGCUAAACAGCACAUGCAUGGUAAACCGAUACGGUUUGGUUAUAAGUGCUGGAGCCUCUGCACUCGGUUGGGCUAUUUCAUACAAGGUAACCUCUACCAGGGUGCAAAAACUAGAAAUACAAUCCCAGAGCUUGGUGUUGGAGGAUCAGUUGUCAUGAGUUUGAUAGAUAAACUUCCUGUAAAAAACUACAAUUCAUUCUUUGACCAUUUUUUUAGUAGUAUAAAACUUGUGGAGGCUUUGAAAGAUAAAGGGGUGAACAGUACUGACACAAUAAGGUCAAAUAGAGUAGAGAGGGCUCCAAUAAUUGAUGCAAAAAUAUUACGUAAAAAAGUAGAGGAUCAAUGCAUCAGUUGACAGAUGAAAGUUCUGGAAUAACAUUAGUCCAAUAGGUACCAUGACAAUAAUAAUUAUAGUGAAUUUCAUCUCUUCCCAAGCAGGUAUUGAACCAAAUGGGAAAGUCAAGCGCUAUAGCCAGGCAUUGAAAAAAAUCAUUAUUUCCAUCGAUCAACCUUCUUGUUUGUGACUUAUAUAAUACUUACAUGGGUGUGGUUGAUAGAUGGGAUGAGAACAUUUCUAAUAUGAGGAUCAACAUUAGAGGUAAUAAAUGGUACUGGCAGCUUUUGAGUUU